AUCGAGAGUGACGAAUCCAAAUCCGAAUCCAAAUCCAAAGGAGGAGUAGACUCACACGGGACACACGGAUAAAGAUAUAAGAAUCCUAAGCAGAUAACAGCAAGAGAGAAAAAGGAUGAAUGCUCUGGCCUUCUUCUCUGCCUCCUCGCCCCUCAAUCUUCGUCGCUCCACAAAUGCACUCGUCUCUUCAUCAUCAUCAUCGUCUUCUUCUUCUUCUUCUCUUGAUGUCUGCAGUGUGAAAUCCCCUUCCUCUGCUGUGGUGCACCGCAGAAGAAGGACGAUAUCUUGCCAGGUGGCUCUGAGGUCGGAUUCCGCGACAUCAUCAUCAUCAGCAGCCUUUGAACAAGUACAAGAGGACGCAGCUGAAGAAGCCGGCAAGAUCGGUGCUAGGGUUAGGGUUAAGGUGCCUUUGAAGGUGUUUCAUGUUCCGAGGGUGCCUGAGGUGGAUCUCACCGGAAUGGAAGGUGUUCUUAAGCAGUAUGUUGGAGAAUGGAAGGGCAAGCGCAUAUCCGCCAAUCUUCCUUUCAAGAUCGAGUUCGUCGCGGACAUUGAAGGCCGUGGCCCUGUCAAGUUCUUUGCCCAUCUCAAGGACGACGAGUUUGAGUACGUUGAUGACCCUUGAAGAAUUGUAAUCUAAGGAAAUUUCUUCUUUUUCUUUUCUUCUCUAGUUUUCCGUUUUUGAAAUCAAUCUCUCCCUUCUACUACUGAUGUUGCUGCUUGCAUGCUCGCUUCCUUUUUCCUUCCUUUACUUUCAUUGCUCAAGUAAAUUCAUGAUAGCUAUAUAAAUAUCAAUGGAGUAAGUUUCUACUACUGGUCGUUUGAGGGAAAA